AUGCUCAGACAUUGCAAAAAGCAUACAGGCUCUCCCCUUUUAGAUGACUUUGGUCUCUCCUCCUCUGUGCCAGGUCAGUUCCAUGUGGUGAAGGAGGGGAAGACGUGGACAGAAGCUCAGCAGUACUGCAGAGAUAAGUUCACUGACCUGGCCGUCAUAAACAACAAGGCCGAUAUAGAGAAGAUCAAGAGUAUGAUCCAGAAUGAAGGUGUUACAAAUGUUUGGAUUGGGCUGAAGAAUGGAAUUCGUCCUAAGUGGCAGUGGUCUCGGGCUGAUGAGGGAUUGUAUGGAGAGAAUGAAGCUGAGUUCCGGAACUGGGAUACAGAUGCAGGACAGCCAUCAGGCAUUCUAGGUGAAGACUGUGGAGCCAUUCGCAGAGGGGGGGAGUGGCACGGUCUCAAUUGCACCAAGAGGCGUCGCUUCAUCUGCGAUGAUGAGACAAACUCCAUACAUCCCUAUGUGCUGGUUAAGCAAAAGAAGUACUGGACAGAUGCUCAGAGAUAUUGCAGAGAGAAACACACAGACCUGGCCAGCGGGAGGAACCAGGCAGAGAACGACAAGAUCUACACCGACAUACUCAGCGGACUAGCAGCAGAUGCCUUUCCAUGGAUCGGCCUGUUCAGAGAUGCUUGGGAGUGGUCAGAUGGCAGCAGCUCAUCCUUUCGUCACUGGGCCCCUGGAGAACCCAACUUUGGUGACGGGGAACAUCACUACUGUGCACGGAUAAAGUCCAGUGGACUGAGGAACGAUGCAGCUUGUCACUAUAAAGCUCACUUCAUCUGCUAUGGUCAAGCUCGUGUGAAAAGGACUCAGAUAGUGAGAGUGAAAAUGGGGGUGACAUCUGAUGUGGACGUGGAAGACCCUGACGUGCAGAAAGCCUUCCUACAGCAGUCGCACACCAAGCGAGGAGAGGGCCGUCCUUCACUGGACUUCAAACAGCCGCAGCAGCAGCGGGGGGUCUGUAGCAGUCAGAUGUCAGCAGCGGCAGCAGCCCAAGAGGACGCAUGA